CAAUACCUCGUCAGAUCUGAAACGAAAGUAAAUCGCUCAACGGGGAUUUUCAGUGGGUUUUUAAAUUUCCACAGAACAAUGAAUUAAGAAAGACGGAACAGGAAUUCACAAAACACACACACAGACAAUGAAGAUUUGGAUAUCAGUUUUGGUAUUUUGCCUGGUAUCAUUGUGCCACGGUUUAUCAACGGGGUCGUCUGGUUCGUAUGGUGGCGAUGGACAAUGUGACAUGGUCGGAGUUCAGAAAUGUACAGCGGGUAUUACGUUGCUGUCGUUUGAAUCGAAUGAUCUACAGGCAGCAUGCGUAAUGUCCAGAACAUCACAUACCUGUUUGGAACCAUUUAAAGCUGACUGCGAAUCGGACUCCACCUUCCAAGCAAUUAUGGCCGGAUUUGCCAAGCUAGGUCAGCUGUGCGGCGGCAAUGGACAAUGUGACUUGGUCGGAGUUCAGAAAUGUAUAGCGGUUAUUACGUUACCGUCGUUUGACCAGAUUGAUCUGCAGGCAGCAUGCGCAAUACAGACCUGUUUGCAACCAUUUAAAGCUGACUGCAAUUCGGAGUCCACCUUUCAAGCAAUUAUGGCCGGAUUUGCCGAGCUAGGUCAGCUGUGCGGCGGGUCGUCUGGUUCGUCUGGUGGCGAUGGGCAAUGUGACAUGACAGGAGUUGGUAAAUGUAUGAAGGAUGUUCAAUUACCUUUCCCUGACACGAAAGAUCUGCAGACGACAUGCGCAUCGUUUAAUGAAGUAGGAACGUGUAUUAAGCGAUACGACAGUGACUGUGCGUCAGUACAGGCCUUCCAGCGAUCCAAAGUAGCCAUUGACGCUGUAGCACCAUUUUGUGCCGGUGGUGCAGCCUGCAAUCCAAUGAAAUGUUACACCGAUGCUGAACUGGACAUCAUUGGCAGUAGUAUACCCAACCUCACCUGUGAUGUUGCCCAGCAAGUAAAGACCUGUAUGGACAAGAUGACGACUGCAUGUGAAGGAAACAUAUUAUACCGAACUUUCGUCCAGUUUCUCCAAAGCGGAGCGAAAGCAUGCAGUUAGUAGGGUUCCCAAAUUAACAACAUCCAGUAGUCCUAAAGAGUAUCAAAACGUUCAUUUCGUGGAUCACGGAAUUCAAGGACAUAUGAUACUCAAACAAUUGUUAAAAGAAUUUUGUAAAACUAUUUGUAAAUUUUAUUGUUGCGUAAACCCAAAGUUUAAUUCCACAGAAAUUUGCUACAUGAAACAACCUUUAUUCUUGCAUUAUUCACACAUCUUUACUUGGAAAUGCAAUCAUGGAAAAACGAUAUCCAAAACUUGAAAUCCAUUAAGAAUGUAUUUUCAUUGGUGCACUUCUUGUAUUCAAGAGAUGUGUUAGAUUUAAGAUUAAUUUACUAUAAAGCUUACAUCUUGCCUUCAUUGUAAGCCUCAUCUUACGAACAGUGAUCAAUUUCAUAACUCCUAUGUAAGCAAUACAGAAUAAAGAAUUGGGCAAACACCGGCCCCUGGAUAUACAAGAGGUGGGAUUAGGUACCUAGGAGGAGUAAGCAUCUCCUGUCUACCGGUCACACCCGCCGUGAGUAACAUAUCUAGAUCAGUUAAACGGAGUUAUCCGUAGUCAAAAUCAGUGUGCCAAGAACGACUUAAUAAUCGAAAUGAAACACGUCAAACAGCAGUUGACCCAAUGAUAGGUUGUAUUGACAAACUAGCAAAAUAAAAUUUCAUGUUUCAAGAAAAUCUUUGAUUUGUGAAAGGUGAAGAUAACGAACAGUGAUCAAUCUUAUAUGUCACAUUUGGAUUUAUUAAUGUAUCAUUUAAUUGGUAUGACAAGUAUACAAACAAAUAUUGAAGAGAAGUUGUUAUUCUGAAACUGAAGCACAAUAUAACGAUGAAAAGUUGCCGAAAAUUUAAUAUUUCAAUAUCCAUGUUUCAAUUGAAACCUAUUGAUUUGAAUCAUGUUUUGAUACAUCAGUAUAUAUUUUAAUAGAUAUGACAAGUUUGGAAAAAAUACUCAAGGAAAACCUAGUAUUUUGAAAUUAACAGACCAUUUAUUGAUGAAAAAUUGAAAAUUAAAAUUAAAAUCUGUUUCAAUUACCUCUUUCAUAAUUCACAAUAUCAUGUAACAAAGAUAAAAAAAAGAUUGGUGAAAGGGGAAAACUUAUUGAAAGCUAUAACUUGAAGUCCAAAAAGUAACUUUUUAGUGAAAAAUUUACAAAAGCUGUGAACCUCCAUUCAAAUUUCUUUUCCAUCUAUUAAAAAUAUUGUGAUGGCUAGGUGACUUUCUAUUUUGUUUUGACCUCUACUUUGAUAAAUCGGAUGCGUUUAGGGGGCUUGUCUGUCUGCUCAACAACCGUUGCCGUUUUCAUGUUGUUUUCUUUUUAUGUGCAAAAUAUUUUAACAUGUAUACCACGGUAUGAAUAUUGUCAGGAUUUUUAGUUUGAAAACAACUUUAGGUUAUUGAACUUUUAGUUUAAUUUUAUCGUUUCCUUUCAUACAUGUAUAACUCCUUUAGCAUACGUAUGUAUCAUUCACAAAUAGCCACGGAACCUUACAGAUCAAAUAAUAUAUCUACACUUUGAAGUGAAUGACUAGUCUAUACCUACAUAUAUAUAACAAGUAUGCACACAGAAACCCCGUCUAUCGUAUGAUAGAACAUCAUAUGAUUCAUUCUAGAUCAAUCUCUAUCAAUGUUCCUUGAUAUCUUUGAAUGUUUGCGGUAGUUAUAUAUACCAUUAUGUACUCGGAAAUAUUAGUUCAUAUUCUUAAAAAGAAAACAAUAAAUGAAAUACAUGUAUUUCAAAAUGGACUUGAUACAUGUAUAUGUGUUUGGGGAACAUUAUAAUCUUUGUAAGACAUGUACCAUCGGAAAGGUAAAGUCACAAAUAUUAUCCCUCUCAGUAUCCAAGCUAAUCCAUUUAUACAUUUUUGAUAAUUUGAUCAAAGCUUGAUGACGUGAUGUUAAGGUACAAAUGUGGCACCAUUGGUUGGUUGAUUGUAAAUUAUUUAACGUUCCGCUUGAGAAUUUCACUCAUAUAGAAACGUCACCAUUGCCUAUGAAGGGCUGCAAAAAUUAAGGCCAAUAAACAAAUAAAAUUUAGGCCUAUGCUUGUCGCUUAACUAAUUUCAGUAAUUUGCAAUUCCAUUACAUUUGUCAGGAGUAUUCAACAAUGGCCUGCAAUCAAUGGCCAACAUUUUUGCAGUUAUUGCCCUUACACCGGAAGUAGGGACAAUAGCUAGUACGCAUGAGUGAAUCGGUUAUACAUGUAUAAGGAUGAAGUCUUAAAUGAACGUGCCAUUCAAAGGCUCAGAUUCGUAAGAUAUUUCACUUGUUUUCUCCAUGCCGUUAUGUCUGACCACGAAAACUUGGAACCCAGCCUUCUUUCAGACCAGGCUCAUUAAGUCCCUUUUUAAAUCAUUUGUUUAUAUCACUUCCUACUCCAAAGAAAGAAACAAUCUCUUAUUUAUACAAAAUUAUUUUUGAAUUCCUAUGGAAAUCUAGUGUAGAUAAAGUUAAGAGGUCUGUGAUAACACAAGACUAUCUAUCGGGUGGUAUCAAGAUGGUUGAUAUAAGCAAUUUUAUUACAUCAUUGAAAUGCUCUUGGAUUAAAAGGCUUACUAGGUCCAACUGUCAGAAACCAUGGAUACAUUUUUUUUUGCCAUGUAUGGAAAUGAUAUUUUAAAGAAAUUAUAUGACUUUGGAGAUAGUUUUAUUGUGGAACAAUUAUGUGUUAAAAGCAAUGUUUUUUGGAAGGAUGUUUUUAAUGCUUGGUUUUUUUUAUUUGAAGGCUAGUCAAAAUCUUCCAAAUAUUAAAAAUAAUUUUCAUAAUAUUCCAGUGUGGUACAAUUCUAAUAUUAGAAUUGCGGGAAAACCUGUGUUUUAUGAGAAAUGGUAUGAAAAGGGGAUUAAAGCUGUUCAAGAUUUUUUUGAUACUGAUUGUAAAUUCCAUACCAUAAAAAAAUUUCAGUGUUUAUACAAUCUUCAAGAAGUAUGUGUAAUGAAAUACAAUAGCAUUAUUACUGCAAUUUCAAAAUAUUUAAAACGUCUGUCAAUUGAUAGACACUCAUCCAAACAAAAUGUUAAUCCAUGUAUGCCUAUAUUUUUUGAACCAGUUUUAUUACAUGAAAGAUGUUCUAAUAUUAUUUACAAUAUUUUAAAUGCAAAAGAAGAUAUCCCAACUUCUAUGGGCAAGUGGAAAACUGAACUAUCUUCAUAUGGAGUAGAUGAUAUUUCAGUGCAAGAUGUGUUUAAAAUUUGUUUCAAAACAUCUAGUGAUUCUUCUGUUCAGUGGCUACAGUUUAGAAUUUUACAUAGAAUUCUUCCUGUUGGUUAAUUUUUGAAAAACAUUAGUGUUAAAACAGAUGAUCUCUGUAGAUUUUGUACAAGUAAUAUUGAAACAAUAACACAUAUUUUUACUUCGUGUAAUAAGACCCAAACAUUGUGGAGUGAGUUAAGUCUUCAUAUAUAUAGAAAAAUUUCAGAAAGAAUUGGUUUUAAUGUGUCAAAUAUAAUAUUUGGUGAAAUUCCACUGUCUUUAAAUAAUAAAGCUAUAAACUUUAUAAUUCUAUAUGCUAAACAAUACAUAUUUAUCUGUUUAAUGCAGAAUAAAGAACCAAAUC